UGGCCCAAAUUAUUGACAUUUAGCUUCGAGUUAUGGCCGAGACUCGGACGAAGAAGACAACAAUCGCGGGAAAACUCAAGUACAGGAAUAGCCUUUGGACGUCCUCAAGCUAAAACACAAGGCGAAUACAUCGAGUAGUUGCUCUUUCCUGAGAGACGAAAGACGGAGCUGGCUUUAUCGCAGUCACCUUUCCAUAAUAUUGCCACACCAUGAAAGAAAGAAAUGUUGUGGAAGUCAAAAGACAGAUUGCAGUCCUCUGGGAGACUCUUCAGUGUCCAAUAUGCUUGGACCUGCUAACAGAACCUGUUUCAACCAAGUGUGACCAUCAAUUUUGCAAAUUUUGUAUGAUGAAACUUUUAGAAAGCAACAAACAACGUAGAGCAGCUUGUCCAGUGUGUAAAACAAAAGUAACCAAAAGGAGCUUGCAAGAGAGCGCAGCAUUUCAGCGGCUCGUCACUGGAUUGCAAGACAUGAUACAAGCUUACGAGAGAGACAGUGGCCUCAACUAUUUCACUGGUUUAUCCAAGAAUAAGGAGCUUUCAUUUGUCGGGACAUGCAGUGAGAUUGAAAGUGAGCAGUGUGAAAUAUCAGAUGGAAAAACUGACCAACAUGAAGUUGCUCAUGAUGACCUCACUAGAUCCCCAUCUACUGUUGCAGCCCAGAAUAGAUUUGCACUGGUCAUGGGAUUCGAGGAUGACAAUCCAGCCCGUCAGCCUGAUGGCUUAGACUGUGGACUUGGCGUUGUACAGCAAAGUCCAGCAAUCAUGCCAGAUGGUUGGAAAAACAACGAAGCACUUAUAAAAAGCAAAGAAAUUGAAGAAGGUGACAAAAAUGCUAUUUCAUAUCUCCCAACUGGACACAAGGCGAUCCAUUCUGAAUGUGAGGCUGGGGCUUCAGUAAUAAUCACGUCAGGUCAGCUGGAUGGCCGAACAAGGAGAAGGUGUGCUCGGAAGAAGCAGGCUAAAGAGCCAGAGCAUGUCCUAGAGCAGAAACGGAAGAAGAGUAUGGAGAAAGUUGCGAUGUGGCUCUCGAAAGUUCCAGCAGAGGGAGUGCUUGGACUGGAAAAGUCAACAGAAGAAGCAAACUACUCAGACAGUUCCACUUCAACGCUUGACAUAAAAUUGUAUAAUGUGGAAGUCAAUUCUUCUAGUAAAGGGGAUCAAGCUAAGGUCCUGGAAGAGCAGGUAUUUGGGGCAGUUUACAAACGAGGGCGAAGAGCUAACAGAUUUAGUUUCCAUCCUCAGAAAACACCAACACCCAGUAGACCAAAGAGUAUAUCAAACCUGGAGAAGUUUUCUGGUGCUAGUCAGUCUGUAAGAAAUUGUCAUAAUGUUGAGGCCAAUGAACAACUGGAAAAUGAAACCUGCAGCCAUGUUGAGAGAGCUGCAUGUGAGACUGGGCGCGACGAGACAAAAAAGAUCAAUGAAAGAAUCAUGGUUGACAAAUUUCUAGAAAAUGAAGCCCACAAGUGUCAUGAUGAAGAUCGUGCUUCGCGUCAACCUCGCCGUUCGAGUAAAAGGAAGCGCAACACACUGCAGGAGUUCGACAGCAAUUUGAAAGUUCCCAAGCGAGAGGGAAAUUGCAUGCCAAAAAAAACUGAUAAAAGGCAAGGGAAAGGUGUCCAAGUGUCAAAGCCUCUUGUCCUGGAGCAAAUAGAUUAUCAAGAAACUAUUCCAAAGGCUAAUGUCCAGGCUGAAGUCGUCCAAAUCCAUAUUGAGAAUUAUCCUAGCAGUGAGGAAACUACUAUGAGGACAACUACCAGGAGUAGCAGCCGGUUUCAAUUUAAUGAGGCCUUCAAAGACAAGAAUGCCCCAGAAUCAAUGAGAAAAAACAGCAAAUCGGACAAAGCACAACUUCAGGUCAAACCUCUGAGCAUACUCUCAAGUGACCAAAGGAAUGGUUGUAUAUGUGAUAAUUACAUGCAAGGAAUCGAAAACAUGGAUGAAAACGAAGCAGUAACACCUCUAGCGGAUAAAAGUCUAUGCAAGAUUGUUUCUCCAUCCCCUGGUUCAGCUACAGGCAAAGCUGUAACGUAUCAGCAGCCUAAGGGUAGCAUUGUGCAUGUGAGUGAAACUACAGAGACUCGAAAUGAAAGUGAAGAGGACAAGAACGAUAGUGAGAUGGACACAGAGCAGCUUGUUAAAAGCUUCAAAUCCACAAAACGGAAGUCUUUCCAUCUUGGAGAUCCCAGUGAGAAGAGAAGUCCUAGUGUCGGUGAAAAGCCAGUGCUCAUUAAUGAAACAGUGGAGGGCGAUGCUACCAGCUCUAAGAGCAAAUGUGUCAAAACUACAUCUCAAUCUUCUGUAGGAGAUGUUGACAACUCAAAUUGUAGUGCUCUGAUCCCGCCUUCCAACAUUGAAGCAGAAGAUGAUCAAGCGCAGCCUUCUGGGCUCGCGUGCAGUCCUGAACAGGACUCCAGAAGUAGCCUGAGCCCUAAUAAGGUGUCUAAACUGUUGUCGCAUAGUUCUCCUUGCUCCAGUGUAACCCAGAUUGGUGAUUCAGGACUCUACCAUCAGGCUGUUAAGCGUAUUUCUCUUGAGCCACUCUCACAAGAUGCCCCUGACAGCAUGCAGAAUUCUGCUUCAUUGGAUAUUGUGAAAGGAGUGCAGAAUGAACUGUCACAAGAAACCCAUGCUGGUCUCCUAAAUGUGUACUCGUUGAUCCAUGAUGGUCUUGAUGCCUCGCACGAUUCUGUGAGAACCAACAGGCUCAGUCAGUCACUGGGUGUUCUUCCCGCCAACCAAAACCAACGAAAGGAACCCUUGAGGCUUGAGUCCCCAUCAGGGUCUGAAAAAUGUGACAAUGACUUACCAGCUCUUGUCCAGAUUUUGGAAGUAUCUGCUCACGAUCCUCACGAUGACAAUGACAGAAAACAGGGUGCUGAAAGAACUGGAGUUGUUACAGAAGAGCAGCAGUGCCUUGCACCUUCGUGCUCCAGUCCUGACUAUGUUCAGUCCAGCCAAGCCUCGGUUGACUUGUUUGACCCACCAGCUAUGGCUGAAGCACUGGGUCAUCAUAACAAUGUUUACAUGGACUCAUCCCAGUUUUCCAGUGAUGUCCUUGUAACCCAGCAGAAGAUAGAAAUGCAGAACGAUCUGCUGACGCUGAAGAAGCUCAUUGGUCUGGUCACUGAAGUUCUCCAGGAAAAGCAGGAGGACCAUACAACAUUCCCUGCUGUGCAACCUUUGAAUGCCCUGCAGCAGAAUGGAACUGUAACUUCUUUGUCACCUAUGGCUCCAAAAACUGAAAAGAAGUCCAUUUCAUUUUCAGAAGAUAGGGGAGGCACCAGAGAACAGGAUAGACAGAAAGUGAAAUUGACUCUGGUGUCAUCUGGACUAGAGCCAUUGGAGCGGAAAAUGGUGAAAAUGUUUGCCAAGCAAGUCAAUGCUUGUGUGGUUUCCCGGGUAACAACAGACGUCACCCAUGUCAUCAUGUGCACAGAUGAGCAGUUGGUGUGUGAGCGAACACUCAAGUACUUCCAAGGUAUCUCGAGCAGGAAGUGGGUGGUUAGCUUCCAUUGGAUUUCUGAGUGCUUCAGACAAAAGAAAUUCCUUGAUGAGCAACCCUUUGAAGUGAAAGGUGACGUUGUGAAUGGACAUAACCACCUUGGUCCAAUGAGAGCUCGAACCAGUGACGAAAGUCAUCUUCUGAUGAAAGGCUACAAGGUCUGCUUCCAAGGGCCUUUUACAGACAUGACUAUUGAUGAAAUGGAAUGGAUGGUUGAGCAAUGUGGAGCAGCAGUGGUCAAAGACCCACUUCUCUUCAAAACUAACCAGCACAAGUCUGUUCAGUUGGUCAUUGUCCAGUCCCGGCCUGAGUUGUGGUUGUCCACACACAGCAAUGUAAAACAUGAAUUUUCAACUGAAAAGUGUACAAGCAACAGUUGUGACUCGAGCGUGGUUGUUGGACUCCGUGGCAACCUACACCCUCCAGGACCUCAACAGCUACACAAGAUGAAUUCACAUCACUCUAGCCGUGUUACAAAUCUUCAUUUGAGCUAUUUGUUGACAAUGUUGUUUGUUUUGCAGGUGACCCUUGUGUGUGUAUAAAGUUUAUCCAUGUUUGA